AUGGCAAGCAGAUUAACUACACAACAAAAUAAGAGUAAUAAUAGUCGAUCAUUGGCUCCCUCUUUCAAUAAUUAUACACAAGGAGUGUUGAAUUCAAUAAAAUCAGUUAGUGAUCCAAACACUAAACCAGUCAAGAGUAAUCGUUAUAAGGACUAUAGUAAAUUAUCAGAGAGGUCUGGUAAUAAAAGUAAAGUUUUAAAUUUAAUAACAACUUCAGUAAAUGUAAUAGCAUCACCAAAAAAACAUAACGAAGUUCUUGAAGAAUUAAAGAAAGAUGGUAGUAUAGCUGCAACAGAAGAAUUCAGAAAGCGAUAUAAGGAGAUAUAUGAAGAGAUACCUGGAGCAACCACACAUGCUGUUGCGUUGUCAUAUGUUAUUUCAUCACUUCAGAGUGGCCAAUAUACAGAUAGAGAUGGAUAUGAAAAAACAAGAUUGUUAUCAAGUUUAGUUCCUUUUUACACUUCUAAGGAAAUCAGAGAGUUUGGAAUCACAAUAGAUAAUAAUGCGUGGAAUCAUGCAAUUCAACACGUACACAAGUAUGGUGCAGGUAGACUGAUUAAUGCAGAAGAGAUCAGCAAUUGGAGAUCUAAAUUUACACACAAUGGACAAAUGACAAGAAGACAAAGAACCACGAUGCUAAGGACAGCCGUCGAAGGUUACUUCAAUAUGAAAGAUAUAACUGAAGAAUCAAGUAAAAACAUGAGGUUGUACAGCAAAGAACUCGACGCAGAUGGUAAACGAGCAUUCGAGUUGGUGUCAAUCAAGAACCUUGCUUUAGGAAACAUAAAUACCUGCUUUACAGAUUACCUCAAGAAGAGUGAAGUUGAUCAAGUCAAGUAUCCACUCAUGGGUAGAAGUGCAUUUUACAGUUUCGUACCAGAGUAUGUCAGAGAAAUGAAGAAUCGAACCGACAUGUGUCCAAUGUGUGUUCAGUAUCAGGCUCUCGAGUCAAAACGAAUUAAGUUUGGGCAACUUUCAGAUCAAGAUCAUAAACUGUUUGAAAUCUUGACUAUUCACAAGAUGUUUGUUCAGCAAAGAAAGAAUGAUUAUUUGACAUGUAAAAAUGAGUUAAAGGUAGGAGAGUGUAUUAUUCUCUGUGAUUUUAAAGAGAAUAUAUCAUUAGGUAAAUCCAAAGUGCAAGUAAGCCAUGAAUUUUACCAACAACCUGCUCGUACCUUCUUUGGAAUGGUCCUCUUCUAUAAGCAAGGUGACAAGCUGAAGAUUCACUACUAUGACUGUCUUUCACAAGUACUUAAUCACUGUUCGACAUUUGCAAUUUCAUGUCUCGACAAAUUAAUCAAUGAUCCAUUAUUCACCAGUCUAAAUAUCAACAAAAUUACAUUUUGGUGUGAUAAUGCUAGACACUUCAAGUCAAAUGAAAUACUUUCAUAUAUGCAUACAUUGUCAAAGUUGCAAGUAGCUGAUCCAAACACUCCAAACAAAACCAAAAGAAAGUAUCUCGUCGAAUUGAAUACUUUUGCACCCUAUCACGGAAAGAGUGAAUGCGAUCAACAUUUUUCAAUGGUUUCUAGAGCGAUAGCAGACAAGUCGAGUUUCAAAGAUUCAAUCUAUACAGAUCAAGAUGUUAUCAAUGCAAUCAAGAGUACCACUGACAACAACAACUAUCAAAGAACAUACAAAUUGACUUCUGAAUCAGAGAAGGAGGCUGUUACCAUCAAAAUGCGUGCCAAUAAACAUUACAUUAAAUUCAUGGGUGGAAAUGAAGUUGACAAAAUGACUAUCUACAAAUAUUCUGCUAUGAAAAGUCAAGUUGGUAAAGAGACUACAAUUUCCAGAGGCUACGAAUCGACCACCAAGGAGGAGGCACAGUCUUGGAAACCAGCUCGAGAUAAGGCACAUACCACCUAUCUAAACACCAUGAUAGAAAUGAAUACGAUUGCCGACAACGAAUCAAAUAAGGAUAAGGCAAAAGAGAUGAGCGAUAUUAUAAAUACUUAUACCAAAGUAACAUCUAAAUUAGCUCCACAACCCACACCUUCAAGAACACAACAAAUUGUUUCAUCACCUCAGUCACCAUCUCAACCAACACUUUCAAAAUCACAAGCUGCUUCUACUUCAUCUCAAUCUUCACCAAAACCAGCUACCACAACUACACCAGACCAAACACUCUCUGGUACAAACAAAAGAAGAAGAGGCUACAGAGGAACAAAGAAAACAAAACAGACUAAUUCACAAAAUAAUACAGAGAAUAAUACACAAAAUAAUACACAGAUUAAUAAACAAAAUAAUUCACAAAAUAGUACACAAAAUAAUAAACAAAAUAAUACACAGAAUAAUACACAGAACAAUACACAUAAUAAUACACAAAGUAAACCAUUGUUUGAUAUCGAGUCGAUUGAUUUUGGUGACGAUGAUCAUGAUAUCGGAUCCGAUAUUCAAUCGAGCUUGAUUUAUAGUGAAGAAGAUAAUAAUCAAGAAUCAAUGGACAAUCAAAAACAUCACAAAUCAACUCAUGUAAAUAGUCAAACACCAAUCCAAUCCCCAUCCCAAACACCAAUUCAAACACCAUCCCAAACACCAAUCCAAACACCAAUUCCAACACAAUCCCAAACUCCAAUCCAAACUCCAUCUCAAUCACCAAUCCAAUCUCCAACCCAAACACCACUCCAUACUCCUAUUCAACACAACACUACAGUGCAAUCAACGGAACAAUCAAAACCAGCAAAAGAAAUUGUCGUAAUCUUUGAAAUCGAUAACAAUUACAACUCGCAGAUUCAAGAUUAUAGACAACAACAACAAAUCAACUAUUUACAACAAAUUUCACAAACACUGCAACAACAAUCUCCACUACAGUCAGAAGCAGCAGCAUCAAAUGAUGUAGAAAUGACAUCACAUGAAGAUCCUAUCAUGGAACAAGUUGAGGAAACUGACGAUGCAAUGGAGAUCGAUCGAUUCUGUAUUCCAUAUGAAAAGAUCAAGGACCAGUUGAAUACCGCAGAAGAAGACGAAAACAUGAACAAUGCCGGUGACUUCUUAUCCAAUUGGCCAUCUCUACGAGAACUUAUUAUAAGAAUUCCAUGCCUCACAGCCAUAGCGGACUAUGGACAGCUCUUCUCCACUCUACUCAUUAAGAACCCAUUAUCAAACCUGGUAAUAAGACCAAUUCAAAAUAUGAUUGGAAAUGUUUUAAAAUCAUUUUUAUAA